CUUCAGUCCGGAGGUGUCCGCGGGCGGGGCGGCACGUACGGCGUGCGUGGUCGUCGCGCCACUCGACAUUGCGUUGUUUUUACUGUGCACAUUAUUGUUUAAAACCGUUCUUAUCAAAUCAAUACGAUUUAGGAGUGAUAUAACACGGCCUACGCAUCGUUUAAAGCUAGACAACGACAAGUGUUCGAACAAAUCAGUGACAAUAAAGCGUUUUAUCUACAGCUACUUGCUGCUGGCUUAUUGACAAGUGAAAUUCAUAAUCGGCCCAUUCAUAAGAGGAAUCGGUCCGAGAGUUUGUUAUUGGAUUUUUACUCGUGUAAGUGAUCUUUGUGGUGAAGCAAAGGAUGCAAAUCAAUAAUCGAGUGGAUACCCAGCUGCAAACCGAGAGCUCGUGCUGUGCGGUUUAAUACUCAGUUGCAUAUUGAUUGCCAUUGGAUCUGGAUAUUACAACAAAAUACCUAGGUUAUACAACUCACAAUCACAUGCUUGAAGUGGUAAAUUGAAGACUGAAGUUCACCUGGCUUUACUUAACGCAGUUUAUUUUUGACACUCGGUGAGUUCCUGUUCUCCUCGUGAUGUUGCGACCCGACGAGAGCGUGAGAUAGCCGCCUCGUGCGGCGGCGCAGCAUGGGUGCGAACAUGGGCAAAAACUCGAGCCUGCUCGACGCGCUGCCUUCCGCGCAAGGCACGCUGCACGUCGUCAUGCUAGGCCUCGACUCCGCCGGCAAGACCACUGCGCUCUACCGGCUAAAGUUCGACCAGUACCUCAACACGGUACCAACUAUCGGCUUCAACUGCGAAAAGGUUAAAGGCACCGUAGGAAAGUCCAAAGGAGUAAAUUUCCUCGUCUGGGACGUCGGAGGCCAGGAGAAACUCCGGCCGCUGUGGAAGUCGUACACGCGAUGCACGGAUGGCAUUAUAUUCGUGCUCGACUCGGUCGACGUAGAGCGUAUGGAGGAAGCCAAAAUGGAGCUGAUACGGACGGCGAAGUCGCCGGACAAUACGGGCGUGCCGAUCUUGGUGUUGGCGAACAAGCAGGACCUGCCGGGGGCGAAAGAGCCCCGAGAGCUGGAGAAGUUGCUGGGGCUGCAGGAGCUGGUGGCGUCGCCGCACGGCUCGCGCGACGCGCACACCUGGCACGUGCAGCCUGCCUGCGCCAUCACCGGCGAGGGCCUGCACGAAGGCCUCGACGCCCUCUAUGAGAUGAUACUCAAGAGGAGGAAACUCGCUAAGCUACAGAAGAAACGCGUCAGAUAAACUGGCCGCGUGAAACUUGUGGCUACGAUUAUUAAUGUUGUGAUGUACAAUGUUAAGAUAAUGCUCAUCGUGUAGAUAUUAUUUGAUAUGUCCGAUGUGUAACACCAAAUAUUGUUUUUACUGUAGAUAUGAAGUAACGUCUUAUGAAAAUAUUCCAUCACAAUGUUGCUCAAGUAUAUUGAACAUUUUGAAGGAAACGAAUAUUUUGAUAAAACUAUAAUUACUAGUCAUUUUCUUUUGAAAAUAGCUAGGCGGAGAAAACGAAAUAAAUUAAUUAGGUACUGUCAGUCGGUCUACUAGAUAACGGCCACAAUUUGACAACCGAACGAAGGAAUCGUGACACCUAUGAUUAUGAUCUUAUGACCUUUCAGAAUGUUAAUACAUGCGGAUUAACUAAUACAGAAUAAUUUUCAUUGCCAUUUUAGUGGUACGCGUUUAUAUUUGAAUCGUAAUUAAAUUGAUCCCCUUUCAACUCAAAACUAGUUCAUUCGUUUUGGUCGAAAUUAAACUAACACCCAUAAAUCAUUUAAUUUGCAAGAAAGUCAACAAAUUUCACAUGCAUUAUCCAUAAUUGCACAGACGAGCUGCAGACCCUGAAUUAAAUAUAUCUAUAGUGCAAUAAUUUAUAAAUAGUAGUUACGAGUACACGUAAUCUCUAGAAUUCGUAGUAUUAUUCCCUAUUACAGCUUUUCAGCAAACAAAUACCUAAAUCUUGAAUUCUUGAAUGUUUCUAUCCCAAAAUAAUAUGACCUUCCAGUAGUACAGCUCAGCCACCUAGUUGCUAUUAUAGCGGAAACAUGAAAAGGGCAAUCAAGCGAUACAGUAGCGGCAAAUAACCUAUCAUAUUUUUUGAGAUACAUUAGCAUAUUUUUUUGUAAUUUCUCAAAAUCGGCUCUAGCGAUUUCGAUGAAAUUUAUAAUAUGGGGGCGUAUGAAAACGACAAUUUUAUCAAACUAGGGUACAUUUUUAAAAUAAUUAGUUUGCCAGAGUUUUCGCGGCAGCCCGGUGGGUAUUAAAUUGUAAAGUACAGUCGCCAUCAGUUAUAUCGGAGAGGCCGAGGUUUUCACAAAUAUCUGAACACGCACUCUAAUGCCUUGACAAUAGAGGCGUGUUGACAUAUUUGUAAGCAUCCUGGCCGCUCCGAUAUAUCUAAUGGCGACUGUACCUAACGAUUCGAUUUCAUUUUCAUACCAGAGCUUAACAAGGGCGAGAAAUCGAUGCAUCUAGGUUUUAUUGUUGGUAAGAAUCACUUUUAAGUGUUUUCAAAUAAGAAAUUCAAUAUUUAUAACAUACAUUAAUUGGUGUGUGUGAAGUCCCCAAUCCGCAUUGUGUUUAACGUGGCUGCCUACGUGCAGUGGGACGUAAGUAAUAGUAUAUAGUAAUAUAUAGUAUAUAUAGUAAUAUAUAUCGGUCGUGAAUGUCGUGAUGAUGAUACAAUUAUUGUUUACAUCAUAUAAAGUCUAAUUUCACGAAUUUUGGAAUGAAUGCCUGCAAAAAAAUUGCAAUACCUAUGAUAGAUUUUAGGCCGCUACUGUACUACAAUAAUAAAUAUCUGUCAAGACCGUAAGGGCUUUAAACUCUUUGAAGUUUACUGUUUUCGUGUAGACAUAAUUAUUCAUUAUCAUGAAAAUGAGAUAUUUGUGCAUAACUUUUUAAAAGAGGCUUUUAAUGUUUCUGUGUCGAGAGUCUUCUCUAUGUAUAUAUGAUGUAAAUAAACGAAUUUGGAAGAUAAUAUAACGAAACUUACAUGAGUAGAUAAGUAUUGCGUUGUAAAAUAAGCAUUUGAACGUUUGCGCAUUUAGUUUAAGGAAUGUCUACAUAAAUUAUGUUACUUAUAUCAUUUGGCCUGUUUUGUAACUAGGGGUCAUCCAUUAAUUACA